CUUCACAUAGAGUGUUUACGAACAACACACAAUCGAAUAAUUAACAAUAGUGUUCGAAUUCUAGUUUAAACUAACAUGUGCUCUACCCUCAGCUUCGGGUAAUCGCCUAAUUCAUGGACAAGGAGCAACCAAAACACUAAGAUCAUGAGGCGACGAGUCUUCUCUUGGAUUUUCAUCUGGACUUGUUUACGGCUCGGACGGAGCGAGCAACUCGCCAGUAAUUUCACUCCGACUAAUGACCAGAAAGAUAUGAGAGGACUUUUCUCCCCGCGGAUGGACUACGACCAGUGGAAGCCUCUGGGCCGAGGAGACCCAUUAAAAAACGACCCAACCUACGACUACGUGCCGCCGGUCCUUGACCGGGUCCACUACUGGAUAGACCCGGCGUUGCGCAAACCGGACCCACCUCUCCCGGGCGAAAACCAAAAAACCGAAAUCCUCCUCCUGGGAGUCUCCUCCAAGAAGCCCAGCACCGGGACCUCAAUCGCCGACUCCCGGAAGGACACCUUCGACUCAUUUCUCAAAUUCGUGGACGGCCCGAAAUUCACCAACCAGAGAAACAACCGGCCCCACUACCCCAUGGGCUCGUCCUACUUCCCGCCCAAUUUCUACCCCAAAAACAAAAACAACCUCCCGAAAAACCCCUACACCGUGCUAAUGCCCCCACCCAUGAUCACCAAAAAACCCGCCCUCUCCUCGCCCAACCCCACCACCACCGACCCCACCACGACCCCGGCUACAACCGCGGCUAAAACCGAACAAGUGACCGUCCAAGCGGCGAAUUUAGUGUACCAUUCAAGCAGUGUCGGCGACUGGAAGACGGAAACUUCCACCAACCUAACCCCGAACCCGGCCACCAACCGGUUAAAACCGUUCCGGGACGAAAUCGUCUUCCAGAAACCCUUCCAACUGCCUGAAAGCUACAUCCAGAUCCAGUUCGCCCCCAGUAGGCACAACCAGACGUUGGUGGCGGCGAGCAGCGACCAUAACAUUAACUAUGUGACGCCGCCCCCACUCGUGGAGGAAGUGAUGCAUAAAGGGCAAGUCUCGGACGAUAAUUUGGACAUAUCGAACACUUACGUCAAAAUUGGCAAAACCGAGGCUGCUCUGAUGGGCCAGCCGCCGCCGCCCCCACCCAUGAUGGUCUUCUCGCACGUGCAACACCCGCUAAUAACGCAGACUCCGCUCACGAUGCAGACCAUUCAGAGCAUGCAGAGCAUGCAGCCGCCCCCUGUCACCACAAGCCCGGUUUACACGAAAUCAACGAAUCCGAUUCUGGAAGCGUUGGAGAAGGAGGAAGUGACCACGGAGAGGAUUGAAACGACCACGACUGUGCCCACGACCACCACCACCACGUCCUUGACCACGGACCCCCUGUUCAAGCACUACAAACAACCCACGGAGCCCCUCCGCGGUCCGCUCUACUUGAUCAUCCAGGGACACUCCAAAGUGAAGACGUACGGACCCAGCAAACAGUUCCAUGGGAUAAGGGUGCAGGAAACCAACGAGAUAUCCGAUGACGAGGUCCGCGACAAGCGCUUGCUUUCCAAGAAGGAGGAAACUGCAAAUUCAAGGGAAGCGAGAUCGGGGAAAUUGCAAACUUUGAAACAUGUGAUCCAGACUGGAUUGGGUGCCAUUGACUUUAGUGACGUGGAUAGGAGCGAUAGGGUGAAAGAAACGGAGCUGCACUUCGGGUACGAAGUGGGGGAAGGGGUGACGCGGGAGACUUAUCAUAAGGGAAUCGUCGAAGAGGCUAGAAAGCUCCACGAGGAGGCUUGAUUUGUGAUUUAAUGUUAUCUUUGUGCUAUAAUUUUUUAUUUAUUUUUAUUUAUAGGCGUUUUUGAGUUUUUCUAUUGUACUUAUUUUUAAUAAAUGUAUUGCGUGAA